UGACUCCCAGUUUAGAAACAAGAAUAAGAAGAUUACUUUCCCCUAUCUGAAUUCAGCAGCUGAAAUGAAGAGCACUAAUCUGAUGCUUUUGAAUUAUGGUGCUGGAGGAGACUCUUGAGAGUCCCAUGGACUGCAAGAAGAUCAAACCUAUCCAUUCUGAAGGAAAUCAGUCCUGAGUGCUCACUGGAAGGACAGAUCCUGAAGCUGAGGCUCCAAUACUUUGGCCACCUCAUGAGAAGAGAAGACUCCCUGGAAAAGACCCUGAUGUUGGGAAAGAUGGAGGACACAAGGAGAAGGGGACGACAGAGGACGAGAUGGUUGGACAGUGUUCUCGAAGCCACCAACAUGAGUCUGACCAAACUGCGGGAGGCAGUGGAAGACAGGAGUGCCUGGCGUGCUAUGGUCCAUGGGGUCACGAAGAGUCAGACACGACUUUUUUUUGAAAUUAAAAUAAUCUUUAUUGAAUUAUUUUUUUAAAAAACAUAUACAGAAAUAAUACGGAAAAAGAAAAAGGAAACAAACAAGGAUACCAACAGAAAAGAAAUCAAAUCUUGAAAUUAAGUUAAAAUUAAACCCAAAUCAUAACAUAACAUAACAUAACAUAACAUAACAACACAACAACAACUAAAUUUGAAACCAUAUUAACAGACUAAUGGUAAAGAAGAAACAAACAAUAUUAAAAAAAAUAUUUCAUAUUGCAUAACACUAAAAUCUUUUAUCCCAUCCACCCCUCACCUCCCUCCACCUUUUCGUGACUUCCAACCUCUCCUCUAUCCUGAUUUAAGUUUCUCUGAUGUUCUGCAUACAUUAAUCUGAUAUAACUCUCUCUUUAAUUUUCUUCAGACACGACUAAAUGACUAAACAACAACAACAAUCUGGAGUCAGCCUAUAAACUACUAAGCUAUCAAUCCAUGAGCUUCCCCCAAAAGAAUGUAUCGGUAGUUUUGCAUCCCACACUUCUUGUCAGUAACACUUAAGUUGCAUGUCGUUCUGCUGCACAGAGUGUGUUUCAGAGGUUAAGACGCAUAUGCAUAUACCGUUUUGUUUUGUACAAAAAAACCAAAAACAAAAUCUGCCUGCCGAGUCAUAUGCACCAGCUUUUUCCCGGCAUGAAACGGGGUUGCGAAACGUCUCCAGUUCUGGGUUUGAGAGAAGCACCCGGUCCCCGCCCCCGCUGCCCCUGAAUGGCUGAGCGCGAUCGCCUCGCCUAAAAGCGAAACCUCUCUCACUUUUCUGUUUUCUCUGUGCCUGACGGCGGGCGGUAACCGGCGCGCUUCUGCAGGCUGGGCUCGGGGGACUCGGCUUAACCUAGCCUAACUCUGGCUAAGGACGAGCUCGGCUCGGAGGAGGAAGACGAGGGAUCUCAGAGCAAAGAUCCCGCUUGCAGAAAGAACUGACCCGCUUCAGUUGCGCAGAGCGAGCGAAAGUUCAGUUAACAAGAUGAGCUGUUCAUCAGAUAAGAAAAAAGCAUUCAUUGUUUCUGUCAUUGCUGCCCUUGGAAUCGGAAUUGGAAUUGGUGUUGGAAUUGAGAGGUCCAACAAGAGAAAACACGAGGAGAAAGGCUGUGACUUAAAAUCUGUUCUGCCUGCGAACAGCAGUCUACCAUGUCCACAUCUGUGGAUUUGGUAUGAGGGAAUAUGCUAUUUCUUCUCCAAUGAAGAAAAGAGCUGGAUGUCCAGCCAGAAAUUCUGCUCGUCAUUUAAUGCUUCCUUGGCUGUUAUUCCAAACAACGAAAAGGACAUCAUGAACCGUUUGAAAGGCAAAAAUUCCUACUGGAUUGGCCUGAGAAGAGACCCGGAUCAGUCCUGGAAAUGGACAAAUGGAGAAAAUUCCACGUUAGAGGUACGUGGCGUUGGAGGCGACUGUGCAUAUCUGGAUCAGGAGGGCAAAGCAAUUGUUUCAAGGUGCAACAUAGAACAUCACUGGGUGUGCCGCACUGCAAGUGCGGACAUUGUGGGGAAGGGGGUAUAACCCCUGCACAACUGAAAAUGAAAUGUGAAACAUUUCUCUGUACUUUAUGUACUCAAUGUUUCCCUUUUUGUAAGCACCUUACCUUUAUAAGCUAUUAAAAUGCAUUGAACCAAAAACAUCUGCUUAGGGGUUUUUUUGGGUCACAAAUAGGCAAUCAAUUGAAACAAAGUUCUCUCUUUCUUUGAAAUACAUUGUGUUGCAUCCUUCAGUGCAACAGUUCGAUGGACGGUGUUAACAGGAACGAAGUGUCCGUUAUCUGCUAGGAAAUUUUGUGGCAAAUAUUCCCAUUUUGGGUGAUUCUGGAGAUGCUGGAACAGGCCCUACAGUUGAUUUUCGUUACCCCAAUGCAGCACAACUAAACUUACUGAAAAGGGGAUUUGGUUGUAUUAAGCCAGUAUAUACUGUAGAUUUAAGAAACUCCUUGUUGGAGUAAAUAAGCUUAUGAAUCUACAGUUCUAUGAUUCCAACUGCCCCAUUUUUUGUUCAGUGUUAAGCCAAAUAUGAGAAACAGUCAUUAACUGAACCAUCUUUAUAUGUUAACUCACUUUAUUCUAAAGCCAGAGUUGACACACAGUUCAGGGCAAACUGUUUUUAGAUGGCUAGCAUAUUGUUACAUGUGUCCGACUUCUAGUAGUGAGACUUCCAGGGGCACAGCAUGUACUCAAGUACAGUUUCCAUGGAAUUUUGAGUGCUGGAGUAGUUUGAAAACCUGGGUGAAAUUGCGAAGUGCUUGAUCCCUGUCUU